UGAAUAUUUCUUGCUUUACUUGCACUUCCUUUUCAAACUGAAAAAAUCUAAAUAUCAGAAGAAUUUUCCGUCAAUUGGAAUACCUGAAUUAUGUGUUUUGUUCCUUACCAAUUACAUGUGUUAUUGUUAUGAUAGCGUCAUGACAUUUGAAAAAAAUCGUUUAAUGUUCCCAAUAGUACGCAGUCUAACUAUACAAUUUGUAUCAAAACAAUUCGCUAUCAAAUUCCCAUUCCAUCAUUUUCAUCCUUAAAAUCCCAUACUCUAGACAGAACACAUACCGUUUUCAUUUUCUGUUUUGUGCUCAGUUGCCAUUUCCAUAUAUAAUCGUCCCCAUAUUCAUAUAAUCCUUUGAGUGUCACUUCUUUCAUCCAAGACACAUCUCUCACAAAUUCUCAGCUCAUUCACUCACAAUCAGCAUUCCUUCGAUUCAUAGUCAAAUAUCAUUGAAAAAUGUUACGAAUCGGAACAAUGAGUCUGUCUGAAGGAGAAGAUGAUCCUUGUUCGAGUAGCUCGAUUUAUGACAUGUCACUCUAUGGUAAUUUUGCUGAAAAAUCAGAGAUGUCUAAUGAAAUGUGUCGAGUUUGUGGGAAGAAUUCCGCCGGAAAACAUUACUCGGUCCCUGCUUGUCAUGGAUGCAAAUCCUUCUUCCGUCGUGCAAUUAUUCACAAAACAGCCUAUCCGGAGUGUAAAUACGAUAAGAUGUGUUUUUCGAAAAUCUCAAGAAUAACGCGUCCUCGAAAAUGCCGAUACUGUCGUCUUCAAAAAUGCUAUGAAGUCGGAAUGGUUGCGAUAGUUGCAAUGCAUCGAAAACACGAUGAUAGUCCAUUGAGAAGCUCAGACAGUGAGCUCCCAGAUUUGCCACUACCAAGCCCCAUAGCCACUCGUGAAAACUAUGUUUCGGGGAUUAUCGAUAAACUUCACAGCUUAGACAUUCAAACCGACAAGUUUCGAAAAUCAGCGUACAAUCCCCUCUUCAUUCCAAAUCUUGAAGGAAUUCUAGCUUCACCAGGAAAAUUGGCGUUGGCUGAUAAAUACGGGGCAAUGCCGGGUUGGCCACUUACCCAAGAAAGCUUCAAUGAACAGCAAAUUUUGAUGAAUCAAGUAAAUGGCGAUGUCUUAACUGACUCAUCAUCAUCAUUUGUACUUCCAACAGCAGACACUCCUGGCAUAAAUACAAAAGAUUGGCUCGGUUUCGAUAUGCUGACUGCUAUAGAGUAUGCAAAAACAUUUCCAUUUUUUCAACAGCUGGAAUCAAAUGACAAAAUUCUACUGACAAAAGCAACAACAUUCAUGAAUCUUGCAUUGACAUCAAAUUAUUCUUCAUUUUUAUCAAAGAUGGCAGUACUUCAAAUGCCAGAUGGAAUAUGCAUUUCAGGACCAGUAGGCCAGGGUGAACAUGAAAUCCGCUCUUUCGAACGACGUCUCAGCCUACGGAUCAUGGCUCCCCUCAUUCGAAACCUCUUUGACAGAACUGAAUACGUUCUUCUAAAAGCUAUUAUUUUGUGUAAUCAUGCAGUAACCGACCUAUCCUGUGCUGCUCAGAAUAUCUUGACUCGUGAACGACAUAACUUUACCGGAGCACUUUUAUUGUAUUGUCUCAGUCGCCAUGGUUCACAUGCAGGACCUGCCAGAUAUUACAGUAUUAUUAAUAUGAUAGACGUUCUUGAACAUUAUCAAAGAGAUUUUCGAGAUUUCAUGCUUCUUUUAGAUAUUAGUCUCCCAACAAGAUUCGCUAAACACCGUAAAUUUUUGCAACGAGAAAUUUUGAACAUGUAAUUGAAUUGUCAGUAUUUUGAUCUUUCCUCAUCAGUAUUUUUUUCUGUGAUUUUCUUUUUGUAAAUAUGGUACGUGAUAAACUAUUUUGUAUAAAA